AUGGCUACGGUGGAUCUUAUCGAGAAACUUCGCCUUCCCCACUCUUCGGGGCGAUUUCUCUCAGCAUUUGUUGAGAACGCUCUCUCCCCCGUCUCAGCUGCCCGUUAUGUCAAAGGCAGGCUGGCUUUAGGCGACGCCCGAUCGCUCGUGUCGGAUUGGUCCUACAUUGUUGAAUGUAUAACCCACAAUGGUUGCGCCCCGCCGUCACCCGACUCCGAGGCACAACGCCUCAUCACCAUGCGAGACGGAGGUAAAUGCUGUGUGACCGGAAAGGCUGGCACUUACUGGGAUCCUCUCGUCGUUGCGCCCAUCCUUCCAAUCCCGUCGGCUUGGGUUACGGACAAGCCCCAAAAUCGCGAUAUGCUCGGCGCUUUCUUCGGCCCCCGGUACCGGGACUGGUGGUUCUCUCACUGGCUGGUCCGUACAUCGACGGCAAGGGCUCUCUUGCAAGGGACAAUCAAAUUAGAAAGAUUACAACCGUCUAUGGUCGAGUACCAAGUAAAACACGUUCUCAUUGGACCUGAGAAGGAAUACGUUACUGUCAACGGUUCAUUCCCCUUGCUAGGCGACCAUUCCCGAUCAAAAAUAGACAUCGUGGACCCCCGUUUUGUCGGCUCUCAUGCCCGAUUCUGCCUAAGCAUGCGAUUCCACAACCUGGCCAAAGAAAUUGCCGCGUUAGACAAGUCACCUGCGCCACAGCGCUUACCGGCCCGGCCCCAAGCAUUCUUCUUCUCGCCCACGGCCCUUCUCGCUAUACCCAUACUUGCGGUCUGGCUCAUGUUUCCAAGUCAGGUCCGGAUUGCGGUCUACAAGAAGUUGCGUGUGCUCGGGGAGCGCCUCUAUGGGCCGCCCUACGGCGCGACCAACGUGCAGAAACUCCCGUUUGGGCUUUAUCUGAAGUACAUGGGAGAGUCGGACCGGUUCCGCAAUGAGUUCAACGCGCUUCAGGUGGUACGUCAACACACGUCGAUUCCCGUUCCCCAGCCACUUGACGUGGUGUGGGAAGAGACGGAAUCAGAUGGCGACGUUCCCGUUAGUUCCGAGUCCCGUGUUUAUCGCUACAGGCCAGACGAUCAAGCAUACCUCCUCAUCACCGAGGUGCCUGGUGUGCGCUUGCAGCAAUGCCUCCACAUCACGUCUGACCGGGACAAUGAGCACAUCGCGACACAGUUGAAGGAUUACAUGGCCCAGUUGCGCGCCAUCCCCAAGUCGGUCAACCCGGAAAUGGCCAUCUGCAACACUCUUGGAGAGCCAUGCCGUGACCCUCGGCUCCAGGGAGAGUUUCCCAUCGGCCCGUUCCCGGAUGAGGCGUCGUUCAGCCGGCUCAUGCGGUAUCCAGACGACCCCGCUCGCCACGGGCACAAGAUUGUGUUCACGCACGCAGAUCUCAACCCGAGGAACAUCCUCGUGGAACGCGUGGUGCGCCGGGACGGAACCAGGGGCGGGUGGGCGGUGAGAGGCAUUGUGGAUUGGGAGACUGCCGGGUACUAUCCCGAGUAUUGGGACGCGACCAAGGCGAGGUUUGAGGGGUGGCCACUCCGCCACACGGAGAUGAUGAAGGAGGUCUUCAACGAGUUUGGGGAUUAUUCGAAAGAGUACGAGGUGGAGAAACGUGCUUGGGAAUCAGGUGACGGCGUGUAA